UUGUAGCCCAGUUUGAGUGUCUGAAGCCAUGGCCAUGCUCAGAGUGUCGUCGUACCGCAAGCUGUUUGAGGAUGAACACUGGAAUCGCAGUGGAGGGUUGGGUGUGCAGUGUGCAGGGCAGUUUCGGGCCUCGUUCAGGCGUGCGGCCGUUGACGAGUGUGACUGUGACAAGUUGGACUUGGUGGCUGCCAGGUCUCUCAACAAGGAGGGUCUGAACCAGUUUGCCCAGGACCGCACUGUUAUCGCUGCCCUCAAUGACCGCCUGGUUGGGCUUAUUGAGCUGGCUCGUUGUUUUGAGGAGGAGAAUGAAUCACUUGAAUGUCAGAUUGUGGAGCUAGAAGAGAAGCUGAACAGUCAACAAGCCUCUUCCAGCAUCACCUCCACUGUGGCUCAACCUGACUACAGCCUGGAUGCAGUGUUGGAAAGGCUGCGUAAGGAGAGGGAUGAGAUUCUGCGUGACACUGAGGAGCUGCACAAAGAGCUUGAAGGUCUGCAGGACGGCUACGAGAAGGCUGCACAGCAGAGAAUCUUCUACCAGCAAGAACGACAAGAUGUUGCCGAGGAAGUGGAUGCUGUGACAGCAGAGUGUUUGGCGCUGAGGGAGCAAGUGGCUAUCUACGAGGAGCAGCUGGCCAACAUGGAGGCCCAGCACACGAUGGCAGUGGGGAGUCUGCUGGAGCCAGCUGACGGGACGACAGGGGCGGUGGCAGCUUUUGGAUUUUGCAGCCCUGACAUGACUCCGGCCUUGGAUGUUAAGGAGUACUACUGCCAGCUGGCUGAGAGUCUCCAGUUCAAGUGCGGUGCAGCCCCUUCUGCUGUGGUUCGCAGUGGUGAUCGAAAACAACUGGAAGGGGGACAAGCCGUAGGGUCAAGGGUCGAAAACGUGCCAAAAAUAAAGGACUCCAGUGAGCUGAAGAUGCUGAUUUCAGAGCUACAAAAGGAGCUUACUGAGCUUGAGAUGUGUAAUGCGGAGCUGGAGGAUGAGGUUGAGAUGAAGAAGGCUGCGUACAUGGAGGAGAUUGCUGAGUUGAAGUGUACGAUAGAUGAAAUGCGGCACAAGGACGCCGACCUCCAGGCGCAGAUGACGGAGCAGUGUGAAGACUACAAGGAGCUGCUCAGUGAGAAGAUGGCCAGAGACAUGGAGAUUGUUGCCUACAGGAGUCUGGUGGAGGAAGAGGAGGAGAGGCUGUGCUACCUGUGAGAUGAGGGCGAAGAGUGAGACUGGGCGGCUGGAGUUUGGCUGGAUGCUCCCCCCACACAUGGAUUAGAAAACAGACAAAAGAAAAUUGUGAAAACCAGACCCAAAUCAACGGCGCUAGGAUGAAGCUUAAGGUACCAACACAGCAGUUUGAGCAGAUGUAAACUUAUCAUGACAGAUUAAUGCUGUCUGGAGGACUAAGCCGGGCCAUUGAUAACCGGCCGCUGGCAGAUGACCCCGAGACUCCAAGAAAGAUGGAACUGUCUAAAACUGGGAGGGAGGUGGGAGGAUGGGCGCUCUGCGAGGAGUGUGUAUCCGUAUAGUGUCUGGCAGGGAUAUUUCCUUAAGUGUGUUUUAUCUUUUCCAGCUUACUGAUAUAAUUCAUAAAUGUUUUGUCCCCACUUUGUCGAACAAGUCUCGCACACAGACACACACACGCACACAAACACACACACACGCUAAACUGUGCGGCUCCGUGGAGUUAUUUCCCCUCUGGUUCCACCUCGUCCAUCACUCACACUCUGUCUGAUUACCAGCUCUUAACCUUUGACCCCCUCACUGUUAACAAACAUAUUGAAAGGUCCCUCUCUUCAGUGACUAAAAGUGUCUCACCGGCUUUUUGCUUUUACAGUCAUGCAUUUAUGUUGGUUUUACAUAUAACUGUUUGCUUUUCAAAUGGUUCAUGAAGUUGUUUUCCUGCAGCUCACACACACAGAGCACCUGCAUCCCUCUGCGAGAAAAGUCUGUGUGAUUCAUUGUUCCUUCUUUGAAAAGCAACGUCCCAAUUUGCUGUUAUUUCAGAAGUAAACAUUUGGUAGUACACGACGUUCUUAACCUUUUCCUUAUUUUCUGCAUGUUGUCUGUGAUAAAUCACUUUUGGUUCCUGCUUCUGCACAUACAGACAGAAUGUGCUUUGGAUUUAAAUUCAAUAAAAGUAGUUGCUUGAGUGAUCACCUCA